AUGUUCCGUGGGCUUCUAGAAGCUCCCCAGCGGUGGCUGAAGGAGAGGAGAGAGUCCCGGAAGCUGGUGCUGCUAGUGGUGUUUGUUGCUCUGCUUCUGGAUAACAUGCUUCUGACUGUGGUGGUGCCCAUUGUGCCUACCAUCCUAUACACCACAGAGUUUAGACAAUUCAGCACUUCUGAACACCUGGGCCCUGCCGUGACUUCCCAGCCUGCCCUCACCUCAUCUACCUUUUCUACCAUCUUCUCCUUCUCUGACAACAAUGCCAUGGCUGUUGAAGAAAGUGUACCCCGUGGCACAUCUGGCACCACCCUUCUUCCAGUCACUGAAGUCAUCUCAGUGCAUACAGACAACUGCUUCCAAGGCACAGAGUUCUUGGAGGAAGAGAACGUAUGGGUUGGGAUUCUGUUUGCUUCAAAGGCUCUGAUGCAACUUCUGGUCAACCCAUUUGUGGGGCCUCUCACCAACAGGAUUGGCUAUCACAUUCCCAUGUUUGCUGGCUUUGUUAUCAUGUUCUUCUCCACAAUUAUGUUUGCUUUUUCUGGCACCUAUACUCUGCUCUUUGUGGCCCGAACUCUUCAAGGCAUUGGAUCUUCAUUUUCAUCUGUUGCAGGUCUUGGGAUGCUGGCAAGUGUCUACACUGAUGACUAUGAGAGGGGACGUGCUAUGGGAAUAGCCCUGGGAGGCCUGGCUUUGGGAGUGCUUGUGGGUGCUCCCUUUGGAAGUGUGAUGUAUGAGCUUGUUGCGACAUCUUCUCCCUUCCUCAUCUUGGCCUUCCUGGCAUUACUGGAUGGAGCACUUCAGUUGUGCAUCCUACAGCCUUCAAAGUUCUCCCCUGAGAGUGUCCAAGGCACCCCACUCUUCACACUUCUCAAAGAUCCUUAUAUUAUUGUGGCUGCAGGCUCCCUCUGCUUUGCCAACAUGGGGGUGGCCAUGUUGGAACCCACCCUGCCCAUCUGGAUGAUGCAAACCAUGUGUACCCCUAACUGGCAGCUGGGUCUGGCUUUCUUGCCUGGCAGUCUGUCCUACCUCAUUGGUACCAACCUCUUUGGUGUGUUGGCUAACAAGAUGGGCAGGUGGCUGUGCUCUCUGAUUGGGAUGGUGGUAGUAGGUACCAGUUUGCUCUGUGUUCCUCUGGCUCACAAUAUUUUUGGCCUCAUUGGUCCCAUUGCAGGGCUUGGCUUUGCCAUAGGUAUGGUGGAUUCUUCUAUGAUGCCCACCAUGGGACACCUGGUAGACCUGCGUCACACCUCGGUGUAUGGGAGUGUCUAUGCCAUCGCGGAUGUGGCUUUUUGCAUGGGCUUUGCAAUAGGCAAUUCUGAGCCAGGACUGCCCCAUGGAAACCCGGAUGAAUUCAACCCAGAAGCCCAUAAAGGAAUUUCCCCUGGGGGAAGACAGCGAUGA